GCUGAAAUAUUUUCAACAGUUGGUAAAGACGGUCUUAGCAAAAACAUAGUGUGCAACUCGCAUAAUAAUCAAAGUUUCAACUCCUCUUGUUGUACUGGUACCUAUACAUUUCGUACGUAAUUUGACUAAUUUUAGCACUCAGCAGUACCAAAACUUAAUGCCGAUGGUAAUGUUUACAUUAAUCUCCCAUUAAUUGGACAAGAAUAAACCUUGAACAAAUGAUAUACGUGGAUGGGUAUUAUCGAAACUUGCAGAGGUCAACUGUCCCUCAGUUAUCCCAACAAAACAAGACAAACUUAGACGUGAAUCCCCAGCGAUAACGCUCAAACAAAAUUCCAUGUAAAACUGGCAAGUGGCAAAUUGUAUAAUCAUGCAGUGACAUUGUAUUGUAGUGUGUGAAUUUAGAAAAUGUGUAGCGUGCGAACUUUAGUGCACGUGCUUUGUUUGACUAUAACAGCCGCUCAAGUCAGCAAUGGGUUGAGUUUUUCUGUAAAUAACUACACCAGAGUGCGUCGAGAAACAUCUUGCCCUGAAGACUUACCGUUCGCUUUACCAAGUUUUCCUUGCAACUCUGGUGAGUGCGUCGAUGGAAGCUAUGAGUGUAACGGCCAUAAAGACUGCAAAGACGGAAGCGACGAAACCGAUGCCUGUAAAAGAAUCCAGUGCGCUUCCUUCUUGUUCACUUGCAAUUACGGCGCCUGCAUUAAAAAAGAACUGCAAUGCAACGGAGUUUCCGACUGUGCCGACAACUCGGACGAAUCCAGCUGUCCAAAAGCCAACGAAAUCGUCAACGUCUGCACCGACAACGAGUUCAGAUGCAGUUCAGGUCAGUGCAUCAACAAACAGUUCAAGUGCGAUGGUAAAGCAGAUUGUAUUGACCAGACUGACGAAAUUAAAGCCACUUGUUUUGAUGUUGAGUGUCCCGGUACAAAGUACAAGUGUGAUUAUGGAGCAUGUACUGUUCAAAACGCUGAGUGUAAUGGAGUAGUUGACUGUUUCGACGGAUCAGAUGAAGCUCCAAGUCUUUGUACCAUCAAUGCAGCACCAGGACAACCUCCUCCAUCACAGCCAUCACCAACGCCGCGACCUCCUUCAGCAGCACCGGGUAGCUGCGUUUUACCAGCUCAUCCAGGUUCUGGGCACUGGUCGAUUUUUGGGGUAGGGAAUACACUGUCACCUGGAUCGGUGGUCACCCAAGGGACUAUUCUCAACGUGGAAUGUGACAAGGGUUAUCUAUUGGAUGGUAACAUUACCUUGUAUUGCAGAGGUGGGGAAUGGUCGGCAAAUGUUGGUCGUUGUCAGAAAGUCUGUCCGGUUCGAAAUAGUACACCAAAUUUAAAUGUUACCUGUAUUUAUCAAAAUAAGCAAACGCAGAACUGCACGGAAGCCAUUGAUGGUACUCUUGCUAAGUUCAAGUGUGCGUCUUUUUAUGAAGACUUUGGGUUAAACAGGAAACCGGUGCAUAUAUGUCAGGAUGGUAACUGGGAUCAGAGGGAGCCGAAAUGUGAACCAGUUUGUGGCCAAAAAACGGUGGAAGCCACACCUUUAAUUAUCGAAGGAACAAACGUAACCAAGGGGGAGUACCCGUGGCAAGUUGCCCUAUACAGAAAAAGUGACAAAGCCCUCAUAUGUGGCGGAUCACUUUUAAACCAACGAGUCAUUCUGACAGCUGCACAUUGCGUAACGGAUCAAUAUGCCGAACUCUUAUCCAAAGAAAAUUACUUCGUGGCCGUGGGGAAAUAUUACAAUAAACAUGACGACAAACGAGACACCGAAGCACAGUUCUCUGAGUUGCAUUCCAUGCACAUUUCCGAAGAAUACAGAGGCGAUAAACAGAACUAUUUAGGCGACAUUGCCAUUUUGGUCACCGUGAAAGUUUUUACUCUUUCUCGAAGGGUCCAACCUGUGUGCUUAGACGCUGGACUAAAUUUUAAUAUAGCUCGCAACGAGAUUGGUUAUGUGACCGGAUGGGGUUUCACCGUUGAAAAUUCGGCCCCUUCAGAUGUUCUGAAAGAACUCAAAGUUCCUGCGGUUGAUACGUCGCAGUGCAGAUCCGAGCUACCGGAAGAUUAUGACAUUUAUCUGACACACGACAAAAUGUGCGCUGGUUAUAUAGAUAAAGGAACUUCGGUAUGCAGAGGUGAUAGUGGUGGUGGUUUGGUAUUCAAACAUGAUGGUAGAUACUGGAUCACUGGAAUUGUUAGUAUUGCGCCAACAUCGCCUGAAAAUGUUAGCGGAUGUGACAGUUCAAAGUACGGACUUUAUACGAAAGUCUCGAACUAUGUUAACAGUUUUAUAUUGAAAAUGCUUGCUAAAUAUAAAACGUUUGCGUAAAA